AUCAGUCGCGACGUCAAACUCGCUGCCGUCAAUCUCUACGAGCGUCAACACCUUUCUCUUCAGGACAUUCUCGCUUGUGUUGGACAACUUGGAUUCUCGGAAAGUACUUUCUGGCGUGUCCUUAAACUUUGGCGCAAGACAGGCAACGUUGUUAGCCCCACC